AUGGAUGUACCAGAGGGGAAUGGAAACCCUUUGGGCAAUGGACUCGGUCGAGCUAGGCAAACUCGACCGAUUGGUCAAGGAGAUGCUCCAAACCGCCACCAACAGAGACAAGGGAUUGUUCCACCACCAGUGCAGAACCACAACUUUGAGAUCAAGCUGGGAAUGAUCAACCUUGUCCAGAACAAGAUGUUCCAUGGAUUGCCAAGUGAAGACCCCAUUGACCACCUUGAUGAGUUUGAUAGGCUUUGUGAUUUGACAAAGAUCAAUGGUGUCUCUGAAGAUGCCAUCAAGCUGAGACUCUUUCCUAUGUCUCUAGCUGACAAAGCUCACCAAUGGGAGAAGAGCUUGCCCCAUGGCACAAUCACCACUUGGGAUGAAUGCAAGAAGGCCUUUCUUGCUAAGUUUUUCUCCACCGGUCGCACAGCCAAGCUUAGAGGAGAUAUCCAGCUUCAUCCAGCGAAACAAUGA